AACGAGUUUCGCAGUUCUUAUGAGCAGUUUGGUAUUAUUUUGCAGACAUCUUGCACAGAUACCCCACAACAGAAUGGCGUUGUCGAACGCAAGCAUCACCACCUCUUAGAAACCACGCGUGCUUUGUGGUUUCAGGCUAAUCUUCCUCUUGAUUUUUUGGGCGAGUGUCUGCUCACCGCGGCAUAUUUAAUCAAUCGCAUGACUCUAGUUAACACUGAGAAUCGGUCCCCUUUUGAGAUUAUGUUCGGCAAAGACCUGAAUUACCGUCACUUGCGAAGUUUUGGGUUCCUGGUGUAUGCUUGCGAUAAUCGACAUAGUCUGGAUAAUUUUUUUGAUAGGGGACGCACUUGAAUAUUAGUUGGCUACCCUAGUACUCAACGGGGCUAUCGAGUUUUUGAUCUUGAAGACACGCACAUUUACACAUCACUGGACGUGAAAUUUCUCGAGGAUGUGUAUCCUUACCACGUCAGCACUGAUCCUUCCUCCAUGUUCAUGCAUGCCACGUCUUUUCGACCUACUCCUGUUGUGAUGAGCCGAUUUGGGAUGAGGACUAGGUUUAUGAGUUCUCCUCUCCUCCUUGUAUUUCCUCUCAUCCCUAACCAGUUGAUCCUUCUCCUCCAGCUGCCGGUUCUGAUGCAUUGUCCUCCCAUAGUUCUCUGGCACGAGCUCCUCUCCUUCCGGUUCCCCAACCGAGAGCUCUCCUUCCGCGGGUUCGGAUGGUGCUUCCUCUUACUCGACACCGCCCACUGUAGCCCCAGUUGCCCCAGUUCAUGUUGUUGCGCCACCUCUUCGACGGGGUGACCGCCAGCGCAAGCCAUCCGUCAAGCUCCAUGGAUUUGACGUUGAUCUCCCCAAUUUUGCUGGGCAUAGUACAACUGUCUAUCCUAUUGAAGAUUAUUUGACAUAUCACCAUCUUUCACAGGCUCAUCAUGCCUUUGUCGCCACGGUCACGAGUCAUGAUGAACCUCAGUAUUUUCCUUAGGCAGUUAGUCAUGAACAUUGGCGUGCCGCCAUGGUUGUUGAGUAUCGCGCCCUUGAGACUAAUGGGACAUGGGAGCUCUGUUACUUGCCCCCUGGAAAGCGCGUCAUUGCUUGUAAGUGGGUUUAUAAAAUCAAUUUCAAUGUCUAUGGUACCGUUGAAUGUUUUAAGACUCGUCUAGUUGCUAAAGAUUUCACUCAGAUCGAGGGCAUUGUUUACCAUGAUACCCUUACUCUGGUUGCUAAAUUGGUGAUUGUCUGUUGCCUCCUUGUUGUUACUGUCAGUCGAGGAUGGUUCAUUCAUCAACUUGACGUCAAUAAUAACUUUUUACACGGGGAUCUCGAUGAGGAAGUUUACAUGACGAUUCCUCAAGGCUUCUUCACUCCUGGUGACACUCGUGUUUGUCGCCUCUGUAAGUCUAUCUACGGUCUUCGCCAGACUUCUCGCAACUGGUACCAGAAGUUUACGCAGUCAUUAUUGGACCUUCACUUUGUUCAGAGUCUUGCAUAUUACGCUCUUUUCACUUACCGGCGUGGUGCGAGCUUCGUCGUGGCCCUUAUCUAUGUUGAUGAUGUUAUCUUAACCGGUAACGACAUGACUUUUAUUCAACGCGUCAAGGACUUUUUUCAUGCUCGCUUUACCAUCAAGGAUUUCGGCGACCUGAAGUAUUUUCUCGGUAUAGAGGUUGCUCGUUCACCUCGUGGGAUGGUUUUGAAUCAACGCAAAUAUGUGCUUGACAUACUUGCCGAGUCUGGCCUCACGGCUGCACGCCCUAGUCCCACGCCCAUCGAGCAGAGUCACCAUCUGGGUCGUGCCUCUUCUACUCUAGCGGCGGAUCUUGCUUCCUUCUGCCGACUCGUAGGCCGGCUUCUUUAUCUCACAGUAACUCGUCCAGACAUUACCUAUGCGGUCAACCUUCUCAGCCAGGCAGUCCAUUCCCCGACCACACGUCGAUGUGGUUGCUCGUGUGCUUCGGUAUCUCAAAUCAUGUUCGGGUCGUGGUCUAUUUCUUCCAAUUUCGAUCGAUCUCAGCUAACGGCCUAUUGCGAUGUUGAUUGGGAUGGGUGUCCUCUCACACGUAGCGCGACUACAGGGUUCUUCAUCACCUUGGGUUCCUCUCCCAUUUUUUGGUGUACUGAGAAGCAGCCAGUUGUUGCCCCUUCCUCAGCUGAGGCGGAGUUUCGUGCUAUGGCUGACACAGUUAGUGAAGUCUUAUGGCUUCGGUGGCUUUUACGUGAUUUGGGUGUCCAUCUUCAAGGCCACCCCUCGGCGAAUCCGGUGUUUCAUGAGCGCACCAAGCACGCCGAGAUGGACUAUCACUUUGUUUGCGAAUGAGUUCGGUCGGGUGAUGUUCUCCCUCUCAAGAUUGCUAGUGCAGAUCAACCGUCGGAUAUUUUUACCAAGGAUCUUAGCGUUGAUCGAUUCUCCCAUCUUCUGAUCAAGUUUGGACUUCUUGAUAUUCUUUCCUUCGCUUGAGGGGGAGUGUUGUAAUCUCAAGACUUAUUAUUAAGUGUGGGAUCUUAUUGUAAUUAGCCAACCAACCUGUGUUUAAUGUUGUUAGGGUUUGGCUUGACGUGUACCUAAGGGGGAGCAAGCUUAUGUUAACUACCCAACUGAAAAACCUAAGAUCAAUAACAGAAUAGCCGAGAA